AUGACCAAGCUUAUGGAUAAUCCGGUACCGCCCCCCAUCGAGGUGAUCGCCGAUAUGGAUUGGGUGGAAGCCGUCUUUUCGAUAAAACUCAGGCUCCUCCGUGUCGCUAAUCUGGACCGUCUCAAACCGACAGGACUCAUCGGAGGCGACGGAUGCCGCAUCAUCAGCGCUAUCAUCACCUGCGAACUCGGACAUGAUUAUGCUCGCGAAAUUGCCGAAGAAAGAGAGGAAGGUGGUGCGGGUGAAAAUGCGAAGAAGAGAGGAACGCGAUGA